AUGAAUGAGCUGAGAAGGCAAACAUGGAGCGGAUUCCGUGUAAAUGCUUCUAAGCUUACCAGUGGCAUUGUCAUUGUGGUAUACGUAGACCGAGUAAUACUGUACAACCAUAAAAUGCCAUUGUCACGUACUAAUCUCAAUCUCACAGCAUUAUGCAGAGAGGGACAGUUGAAGGAGGCGCUGCACAUUCUGCUUACUACUCACAACCCCCCUGAAGACUGCUCUACAUAUCUUCAAUUAUUGCAGACCUGCGUUCUCAAGAAGUCGCUUUCACAAGGGAAGAAUGUACACUCUUUCAUCGCUCACAGGCGAUUUGCAUUUGCUCCAAGCACAACUUUUCAUAAUAGGCUUAUUUUCAUGUAUUCCAACUGCGGAAGUUUGGUGGAUUGUCGUAAGGUGUUUGACCACAUGAAAGAACGUGAUGUCAGCUCAUGGAAUACGAUUAUUACUGCGUAUAGAAGGCACGGGUAUCCUAACGAGGCAGUCACUCUGUUUCACAAAAUGCAACAAACAGGUUUUCAACCAGAUAAGUUCACAUUUGCCAACGUACUCCCAGCCUGUGCCAAAAUGGGAGCUUUGGAAAAGGGAUAUGCACAAAUUGGACUUUUUGAAAAGGCUUUAGCAAUUUUCAAGCAAAUGCGAUUGGCAUGUGUAAAGCCAAAUUCCACAACCUUUAUCAGCACCCUCCCUGCGUGUGCCAAAAUGGGAGCUUUGCAACAGGGGAUGGAAAUCCAUCGAAGCAGUUUGGAAGAAGGAACUUCAUCAGAUGUUAGAUUUAGCAUUGGGAUGGAGACAUCAGAUAUGAAUACAGGCUUAGGAGUAUUUACAGCGACACUGCUUUCUGCUUUGGAUCCUAUAAAUGUUGCAACUUAUGUUCUUCUCUCAAACAUCUAUGCAGAAUUGGGCAGAUGCAUGCAUUCCACGUUGGGAGCUGCAUGUCUGCCAGGAUUGCUUUCAAUCAUGGGAGACGUUGAACUGACUGAAAAUUAUCAUCUUUGGCUAAGUGGUCGUACCAGGCAUUGCUGGAUGGGAGCAGUAUCUAGCAUAUUUAGUGCUAUAGCUGAUAUUGAGAUAGGUAUAGAUUUGGAGGAUGCCUUUGAAGCUUACAGGGAGACACGAGAUGUGCUGAAGUUUGUGGACCAUCCAUACAAGAUGGUUGUGAACCCCCUCAAUAUCUUCUUUUACGGUCUGCUAGAAGCUUCGGAUGUGCUAGUGAAACGUGCAAAGCACUUCGUGUUUCUUUUCAGGAAGAAGUGCGAUGAUAAUGGAGGGCUACGAUCACUGCAAUCGUCUUGCAUUUUCUACCGGAUGAUAUCAGCGAUGGAUGGAAAAUCUGAGGGGUUCGCGCAGUUCUCAACGAGAGAGAACGCACAGCUCCAGAGACAGGUGCAGGGCCACCAAAAUGGAAAUUUGACAGAGCGCAGUCGGUAG